ACCCGAAAAGGCAAUCGAGGAGAAAAUGAAGUAGAAGAUUCAGAUCCAAAAGGAAUAUCACGCCAGACGCCUGUCACUUUUUUAUUAGCUGUUCCACAGAGAGAUAUAUAUUCCUCUACGAAACCAACUUUCAGAGCUCAAAAGUCCCGUCUUCUAGUUAGGUGCCUGCCCAGUUUUCCAUCAAACUUAUCGUCGCCUGGAACUUGACAAUUUUCUUUUUUUCAAUUUAAUUUUUAUGUUUAUGUACAGUGAUAUAUAGUUGCAGGUGAAGCUUUGAUUGCUUGGUACUUCAUUGUGUAAGGAGAAGCAGCCAUAGUCUGUUUGUUGGAGAGAAUAGUAAUAUGGAUGGUUUGACAGAGAAAUUCAAUGGUGAAAACGACGGCGUUUUCUCUGGCUCUGCUUCUCUGCCUGAAAAGCUCAUUAUCGAUACUGACCCCGGGAUCGAUGAUAGUAUGGCAAUCUUAAUGGCAUUUCAAUCUCCAAAGUUGGAGAUCUUGGGCUUGACAACAAUAUUUGGUAAUGUUACAACAACAGACGCCACACGAAAUGCUUUACUUCUGUGUGAGAUCGCAGGGUGUCCAGGAGUUCCAGUGGCAGAAGGCAGCCCUGAGCCUCUAAAGGGGGGAACACCACGAGUUGCUGACUUUGUUCAUGGUUCUGAUGGACUGGGGGAAAUUUUUUUACCUUCUCCAAAAGCAACAAAGAUUGAGAAGACUGCUUCUGAAUUUUUAGUUGAUAAGGUCUCUGAGUACCCUGGUGAAGUGUGUAUACUUGCACUUGGACCACUUACUAACUUGGCUCUGGCCAUAAAAAGGGACUCCUCCUUUGCGAGCAAAGUGAAAAAGAUAGUUGUACUUGGAGGUGCUUUCUUCGCACUUGGAAAUGUAAAUCCUGCUGCUGAAGCAAAUAUUUAUGGUGACCCAGAAGCAGCAGAUGUGGUCUUUACAUCCGGAGCAAACAUUGUUGUUGUUGGAAUCAAUAUCACAACCCAAGUUAAAUUUACAGAUGAUGAUCUUAGUGAAUUGAGGCAAUCAAAAGGGAAGCAUGCUCAAAUACUAUGUGACAUGUGCAAAUUCUAUAGAGAUUGGCAUGUGAAGUCUGAUGGUGUAUAUGGCAUUUUUCUUCAUGACCCUGUGAGUUUCGUGGCACUAGCUCGCCCUGAUCUCUUCACAUACAAGAAGGGAGUUGUGAGAGUCGAGACACAGGGCAUCUGCGAAGGACAUACACUAAUGGACCAAGGACUUAAAAAAUGGAAUACGAGCAACCCAUGGUCGGGAUAUUCCCCAGUUGCAGUUGCUUGGACAGUUGACGUGGAUGAGGUCCUCAAUUACAUCAGGAACCUUGUAAUGAAACCAUGAGAGAAUUAUUUGAAGAUGCUAGACAUCGAAAAUGUAGUGUCGAAGGUGCCCUCUGUUAUCUUGUCUUACCUUCUGGUGGUGUUGGGGAAAAAGGCUAACAAUUCCAUUUAUGUAAUCAUUUCAAACGCUUUACCUGUGUGCGCGAAAACAUUUCACUUUAUUAAUGUUUAACUUUUUAAAUUCAAUGCAAGUUACAUUCUGUUUUUCUAA